AACGCCGCAGGAGUACCUCCUGCCGUCUGACUCGAGUCCCGGCUGCUGCAGUGCACGCCCCUUCGGCAGCCAGGGUGGGGCCCAGAGGAAACCUGGCCCCUCCCGCCCCCACCUCGCCUUUGGGUCGAUGACUCCCAGGCUGUGGUGAGGGUCCCGGAGCCAGCACCACGGAGCCCGGGCGACCUCCUCCACCCACCCAUGCCCACCCCGCAUGAGACUGAGAAGCAGCACGUAGGGCCAGAGGAGGCAGACCAGCCCCCCUCGAUGUCCAGUCAUGACGCGGCCCCCCCGGCUGCCCCCAGCCGCAACCCCUGCUGCUUGUGCUGGUGCUGCUGUUGCAGCUGUUCCUGGAAUGAAGAGCGGCGGCGAGCAUGGCGGGCCUCCCGGGAGAACAAGCUGCAGCCUCUCCCCAGUUGUGAGGCAUGUGCCACGCCAAGCCCUGAGGAGGUGCGGAGCUGGGCGCAGUCCUUCGACAAGCUGAUGCACAGCCCGGCGGGACGAAGCGUGUUCCGGGAGUUCCUGCGCACGGAGUACAGCGAGGAGAACAUGCUCUUCUGGCUGGCCUGUGAGGAGCUCAAGGCGGAGGCCAACCAGCACGUGGUGGACGAGAAGGCCAGGCUCAUCUACGAGGACUACGUGUCCAUCCUGUCCCCCAAGGAGGUGAGCCUGGACUCCCGAGUGCGGGAAGGCAUCAACAAGAAGAUGCAGGAGCCGUCCGCGCACACAUUCGACGACGCACAGCUGCAGAUCUACACGCUCAUGCACCGGGACUCCUACCCCCGCUUCCUCAGCUCCCCCACCUACCGUGCCCUUCUGCUGCGGGGGAGCUCCCAGUCCUCCAACGAGGCCUAGGCUGCCCAUCACAGCGGCACAGACACGGGACCCCUCCGGUGGGCAGACUGGGUGACCUGCACAAGCGUGUCGGCAGGUGUCCGGCACACCGCGGGGGCCCAGCACCCCUGGGGGCAGUCCCAGGCUGGAGCCCCCUCUCUACCCAAGGGACCUCGUACCCUGAGGUCCUGCUAAGAGGCAGGUGUGAGGGCCUCUGGGACCAGGCGGCCCCUCCCCGACCGGCUCCCCGCCGACUGGCCAAGUGCUUCUGCUGGGGCUCCUGCUUGGGGAGAGGGACCCUCCCAGGAGUUCUCGUGGACCCAGCAGCUUCACUUGGGCCUCCUUCCCAGGCAGCCGGGGACCUUGAGAAAUGCCUCUGAUGGGAAGCAGGGUCUCUGUAUUGUCUAGUUGUGACGUGAGAAAACCCUCCGAUUCAAGCUGUCUGCACCCAGAUCGGACCCAGAACCUCAGAACUAGGCUUGAGGCAACAGGAGCCAGUUUCUUUUUUAUAUUUUCAUUAAUUUUAAACCUGGAAACAUGUCCUUACUGUAUUUUAUCAAAAAAAGAAAGAAAUGUUUUCAUAUUUAUCUCCAUUCCUUUUUCAUCCAAAAUAGGAUCUUAUUAUUGAAGAUAUUUUUAAUGCAAA